GUGAAUUCCACGUGGAAUUCGACAUUUCUUCAAAAAGUUGGCGCUGAAACCUGACAAUGGCGAUUUGUGCUGUCAGAGGAGGCUGCCCAAGCGACUAUGUUGCCGUCUCCGUCGCUAUACUCUCUGUAAUCCUGCUUCUUGUAAAGGCUGGUGUGCCCUAUAUAAUUCACAAGAUCCCUAGACCUAAGGGCAGCGGCUUUUGGCUUGUAGCAAUGCAAAUUGUUGCUAGUUUCAACCUUUUAUUAUCGGUUGUGAUGGCCCUUGGUUUUUUGAGGUUCAGAAGGAAGCAUUGGUGGAGUUCUUGCUAUAUAUGGGCUGUUUGGGUCGAAGGUCCAUUAGGAUUUGGCUUGCUGUUGAGCUGCCGUAUUGUACAAGCAUUUCAACUGUAUAACUUAUUUGUUAAGAGACGUUUGCCACCUGUCCGGUCGUGUAUAUUUCUUUCACUGGUUCUCUUUCCCUGGAUUGUGGGUUCGGCAAUUAUUCAAAUCACCCAGCCUCUAAACCACCGUUGCCACAUGAAAACUUAUUGGAUCAUCCCAGUUAUUUCCGUUCACGCUCUGUAUAUUGCUGCUUUGGUUGGAUUUACUGGAGCAAUACAGCAUAUCGAGUUUAGAUUCCAUGAACUUAAGGACCUCUGGCGAGGAAUUCUCGUCUCAGCUUGUUGCAUCGGAGUAUGGGUGGUCGCUUACACUCUGAACGAGAUCUAUGAGGAUAAUGCAUUGGUCCAAAUCAUUUCAAGAUCUGUAUUACUAAUCAUGACAAGUUUCCUUCUAAUGGCAUUCUUCUCUAUGUCAAUAUCACAACCACUUGCCUCACUUUUGAGCUCGAUGAAAAACGAACAACAAGAUUACACCAUGAUGGGCAAUGCCCUCGGCAUUCCUGAUAGCGGGCUUUUAGUUCAACAGGAAUCAACACAGUCUAUAAAUCCUAACGACCCUUUGGAUAAGCUUCUUGCAGACAGAAGAUUCCGGCAGUCAUUUGUUGAGUUUGCAGAUAGCUGUUUGGCAGGGGAAAGUGUCCAUUUCUACGAGGAACUGCUGCAGCUCGACAAAAUCCCAGUUGAUGAUCAUGUCAGGAGAAUCUAUAUGGCGCGUCAUAUUAUUGACACGUACAUCACUCCCGGUGCAACAAUGGAGGUGAACAUAUCUCAUCGUUGUAGGCAAGAGAUCCUAUCAACUCCAGAUCUGGCACACCUGGACCUCUUCAAGAAUGCGUUGAUUGAGUUGAUUCAGUUGAUGAAAAUGAAUUUGGCCAAUGAUUAUUGGUCAUCGACUUUCUUCAUAAAACUGAAAGAAGAGGAGAUGGUGAAAACAGCCGACUAUGAGCAAGAACAGAGCAGUUGGAACUCCUCUCAACGGCUGAGCUCUGUGCAUUGUGCCGAUGACCCUUUCCACCAAGAACACAGUCCCUGCAAGUUGAGUUCGAGUAGCCAGGAACUAGAGCUGCAGUGACCAUCCGCCUUCCUAAAUCACACACAUAACACAAGCACUUUCUAGGUCUUCUUCCUGUGAAUAGCAGCUAACAUGACAUGGCAGAAAUUGGAGACGGGGGCAUUUCUGCUGCCAUAUUCGAGAUGUAUGUUCUUCUUUACCUGCUAAAAUUUUUAGUGUUCACUUAUAUACGGACUAGAAUAUGAGUUUAGCAGCUUUUUUCUUGGAAAUUAAUGUUUUGUGUAUUUGUUAGGCAUUUACAUUUUAUAGUAAAGAAGAAGGAAGGAAACCAGUUAGUGUUGGUAGAUUUCUAGGUUUCAAGUGCUUCCGUUUUUGGUCUGGAUGAACAUAAAAGGCUGCUUCACGGUUGUGUAACCUUAUGUAAAUAUCUUAGUCUCUAUUAGGAAAUGAUUACUGUCGCACUUCGUUUUGGCAAAAUUGAUUCAUCAUGAAAUAAAGUAGAUGUCCCAAGUAUAAAACCUUAAAAUCAUGUAUGACAUAUGGUUGUUUA